GGCGGGUUCCGCUGGAGGCGGCGGGGCGGGAGCUGCGGGGCGGGCGGCGGUUCCCGUCCUCCUCCUCGUCCUCCUCCUCCUCCCCUCCUUCAUCUCGUCCUGGUUCUGGUGUGGCUCGUGGCCGCCGCGGGCUGUCCCGGGUGAGCGGGGCCGGGCAGGGCGCGCCGUGGCCGGCCGGGGAAGGGGAGGCCGCGGGGGCCCGGGGCUGCUGUGCCGGCGGCGUUCCGGCUGCAGGGCUCUUCCUCUGCCAGUGUAGGUUUAUCACCACUCCCUCCCCACUAUCGCCAAACAAAACCAAAAAAAGUGUCCUUAGCCGAAAAUUCGCUGUGGUUCUGCUGCUGUCCCUGGGUCCCUGCUCUUGAGAGCAUCCCCGUGUUCCCAGCGUAAAACUGCUGGGAUUUUAUGAAACCGGCCUAAAGCCGCGCAGUCUGUUCCUGCUGGCAUGCUGUUCCUUCUCGGGAAGGUGUGCUAACUCCCGGGUGUGUGCGAAUAGCGUUUCCUCGGCAAAGAUUAAUAAACUUACUGAAGCAUUAUUAAGGAGCUAGAAUGGGAGUGAAAGGAGCUUUAAUAAGUUAGUCCCAGUUUAAGUUUGUUUUAUCAUACAAGUUCUUCACUGCCAUAAUGAGGCUAGUAAUUCUUGAAGAUUAUGAUCAGGCUAGUGAAUGGGCAGCCAAAUACAUCUGUAAUCGUAUUAUCCAGUUCAAGCCAAGUCAAGGAAGAUAUUUCACCCUUGGUCUACCAACAGGAAGCACACCUUUGGGAUGCUACAGAAAGCUGAUAGAAUAUCACAAAAAUGGAGAUCUCUCUUUCAAAUACGUAAAGACUUUCAACAUGGAUGAGUAUGUAGGGCUUCCCAGAAAUCAUCCAGAGAGCUAUCACUCCUAUAUGUGGAAUAACUUCUUUAAGCAUAUUGACAUAGAUCCAAAUAACGCUCAUAUCCUUGAUGGGAAUGCACCAGACUUACAGGCGGAAUGUGAUGCAUUUGAAAAGAAAAUUGAAGAAGCAGGGGGGAUUGAUCUGUUUGUUGGAGGCAUUGGUCCAGAUGGCCACAUUGCAUUCAAUGAACCCGGAUCAAGUUUGUCUUCAAGAACAAGAUUAAAGACUUUAGCAAUGGACACCAUUUUGGCAAAUGCUAAAUACUUUGAUGGAGACUUAUCUAAAGUACCAACUAUGGCGCUAACAGUUGGUGUGGGUACAGUGAUGGAUGCUAGAGAAGUAAGAACUCAUUUAGUUCUAGUUGCAUGUGUGUUUUCAAGAUUAGUUGGUAUUGAUACUGGGAUUGAAAGUAAAGAGACCUUUGUUUUGCAGGUGAUGAUUCUUAUAACAGGUGCACACAAGGCUUUUGCAUUGUACAAAGCAAUUGAAGAAGGAGUCAAUCAUAUGUGGACAGUUUCUGCUUUCCAGCAACACCCUCGCACUAUCUUUGUGUGUGAUGAAGAUGCUACUUUAGAACUAAGAGUUAAAACUGUGAAGUACUUUAAAGGUUUAAUGCAUGUGCACAAUAAGCUUGUGGACCCACUGUACAGUAUGAAAGAAAACUGAAAGAAGACUGAAGAGGAACUCCAUGUGGGUCAGCAGCAACAGUUUUAGGUAGCAGAUGAGUUCACUGCUAUGCAAUAUGCUGAAAACUGUUUAAAAUGGGAAAUCCUAGGUACUGUAUUUUUAAAAAGGUCCAAUAUCUGUACAUUCACAUUCCAUCUGUUUGCUGUGUUGUGCAUUUUGCUUUAACAUUUGGAGCUCCGCUGUUGGUACAUCACUAAAUGGAACAGAACAAACUUGGGAGAGACUGCACGUUAUGUAGAGAGGGGAAAAGCAGAGCACUUACUCUAGCACAGCAAUGUAUUGCAUCUGCCUCAUGUUAGAGAUGAUGACACUUCAUUUCCCAGAUUCUUAAUUUUUGGCUUGGUUAGUGUAACUACAUUUUGCAUUUGUGUCUCUAGGCAGAAUGGUUUUGGCCUUUGCUAUUACUAUGGACUUGUAAUAGUUGUACAAUUUCUACUAUGAAAUGUUCUGUUUACAUAUAUCUAAUGUACACUGAGCUUUUGCACUUGGUUGCCUUAAAUUUGUCUUAAACAGUUUUUGGGCAUCUCAAGUCCUGCUGUAUAUUUCAGGCAAAUGAAGACACAAAAACAGUGCCUAAAAAUGCACCAAAAUCUUUGAAGUUACAACUUGCUCCAUGGAUAAAAUAUUAAACUUCUACAAUAGCA